AUGGCACCUUACGAGGCAAUGUAUGGUCGUAAAUUUCGCACUCCCUUAUGCUGGACUGAGUUGGGUGAGCGACGUAUUUUGGGUCCGGAAUUGGUUUCAGAAACUGAAGACAAGGUCUUGCCAUGGAAGAAAAUUCUGAGGUUCGGUCGCAAGGGCAAGCUGAACCCUCGGCUUGUUGGGCCGUACCAAAUUUUGAAACGGGUGGGUUCAGUCGCAUAUCAGUUGGAGAUACCUCUAGAGCUAGAUUGCAUUCAUGAUGUUUUCCACGUCUCAAUGUUGAGACGAUAUCGCUCUGAUCCUAUGCACAUUGUUCCUGUAGAGAAGAUUGAGGUUCGGCCAGAUCUAACAUUUGAGGAGCCGGUUCAGAUUUUAGAUUGCGACAUUAAGGUUCUACGAAAAAAAUAUAUUCCCCUAGUGAAGGUGCUGUGGAGGAAUCAUAGCACUGAGGAGGCCACUUAG